CUACUUCCCGCAGGAGCUUCGGGAGAGGGCCGACAAUGAAGCUUUCGGCGUUGCACCAGAGCUAUCUCAGCCGCCGGAGCAACAGCUUCAGGUAUUCAGGACUGUUAGAUUCGUCAUCCGACACCGGCUAUAAAUCGCCCGCAGCUGUUUUUUGGCUUCUCCUCCACGGUCUCUGUUGUUUAAUCAGCUUAGUUCUCGGAUUCCGUUUUUCUCGUUUGGUCUUCUUCUUCUUCUUCUCCACUUCUUCAUCCAACCUCUACACGCCGCCGUUUCGUUCAGCUGUCGAGCUUACCAAAACCCUCGAUGUUAACUCCGUUCUGUCCUCCACCCCCUUCGCCAACAACCUCCGGGUACCGUUUCCGAACAAGACAGCGACGAAUUCACGAGUUGUUGUAGGGCGGCACGGGAUCCGGAUCCGUCCUUGGCCUCAUCCGGACCCGGUUGAGGUUAUGAAGGCGCAUCAGAUCUUAGAGAGAGUUCAAAAGGAACAGAGGUUACAAUUCGGUGUGAAGGAUCCGAGGGUAAUUAUUGUGGUCACUCCGACGUAUGUGCGGACUUUCCAAGCGCUGCAUUUGACCGGUGUGAUGCACUCACUAAUGGUGGUUCCGUACGAUCUGAUUUGGAUCGUGGUGGAAGCUGGCGGUGUCAUUAAUGAAGCGGCGUCGCUUAUUGCAAAAUCUGGUUUGAAAACUAUCCACGUCGGAUUAAAUCAACGGAUGCCGAAUUCCUGGGACGAACGACAUCAAUUGGAGUCCAAAAUGCGCCUUCACGCUUUAAGAAUUGUAAGAGAGAAGAAACUAGAUGGAAUUGUUAUGUUUGCGGAUGAUAGUAAUAUGCAUAGUAUGGAACUUUUUGAUGAGAUCCAAAAUGUGAAAUGGUUUGGGGCAGUUUCCGUUGGAAUACUUGCUACUUCAGGUAAUAUUGAUGAGUCGUCAGAUCGGAAGGAGGAAGGGGAGAAUCCUAGAAUGCCGAUUCAAGGUCCAGCGUGUAAUGCAUCUAAUAUGUUGGCAGGAUGGCAUACUUGUAAUACAUUGCCCUUUGCUGGGAAAAGUGCUGUUAGUAUUGACGGCAGAUUGACUGUGCUGCCCCGGAAGUUGGAGUGGUCAGGGUUUGUUUUGAAUUCUAGGUUACUUUGGAAAAGUGGAGAAGAUAAGCCAGAAUGGAUUAAGGAUAUCGAUAUGUUGGAUGGGGAUGUUGAGAGUCCAUUGGGUUUGAUUCGAGACCCUUCGAUGGUGGAGCCACUUGGAAGCUGUGGUCGUCAAGUUUUGCUCUGGUGGCUUCGAGUUGAGGCUCGUACUGAUAGCAAAUUUCCUCCCAGAUGAUUCAUUGACCCUCCUUUGGACAUCACCAUCCCAUCAAACGCACUCCAUGGCCAGAUGCUCCCCCUGAACUCCCUGCUAAAGAAAAGCCAGAGACGGGCAUUCAAGCUCCCAUAGUGAAGCAUACUACCAAAACCCG